AUGAUGAGUGUCCACGAGAAAAACGUUGGAAAACUAGUCUUAACUGCAUUGAUCUCAUACGUCGCAACGAACGCAGACGAUCUGAUUAUUCUAAUGAAUUUCUUUACUGAAAUAUCAUUAGGCAAUUCUUCAAUGAAAGUUCAUCACGUUUUCAUCGGUCAAUAUUUCGGAUUUUUUAUCCUAUUAAUCAUAAGUCUGACUGGCUAUCUCAUUUCAUUUGUCUUACCCAUUGAAAUGCUUGGCUUUCUUGGAUUUUUACCGAUCUUUAUCGGAUUGAAGAAUAUACUGGAUUUAAUCAUUGAAUUCUACAAAAAGAGAAAACAUGGAACUAUUGAUGAUAUUAUUCCAACGGAUUCACCCGUAUCAACCAUUCAGCUUGAAAUGAUUCGCUGUCGAAAUGACGUCGACGGGUCAAUCCGAUUCGAAAUCAAAAAACAAACUGACGAACAAAAGCCAGCAACAAAUUCGAAUCGAAUUUUUUCCAUUCUUAAUCAUCUGUUUUCUUUGGAAACAUUAAAAGUAACAAGUAUAACUCUUGCUAACAGUGCGGAUAAUAUUUCUAUCUAUACUCCACUCUUUGCUCAAGCAUAUCAAUGGCAAAUUAUUGUUUAUAUCAUCAUCUUUCUCGUCAUGGUAUUCGUUUGGCUUAUGAUUUCAUACUAUUUUAUUAAUUCUCCACCAAUUUUAAGUCUCGCACAAAAAUGUGCACGAUAUCUCGUUCCGAUUGUUUUCCUCGGUAUUGGAAUUUAUAUUGUGGUUAGUUCCGAAUGUUUUCUCUGGUUAUUUCAAGCGAUUAGAACAAAGAAUUUUCAAAAAGGUUAA